GUGAGUAGUUACGGAGCCAACAGCCGCAAGUCACGGCAACGGCACACUGUACGUCUUACGCCUCUAGACUGCAGCAAUGACACGUAGGCCCCAGCGAAGUAUGUGGGUACUAGCACUGACCGUACUGCAGCAACAGCUUGUAGCAUCCUGAACGAGUGUUGUCGCUUGCAAAGUUUGAACUGUUUCUCUUACGAUGUCUCGCGAGUCGCAACUUUCGAGCUAUACGCGAACAUCCAGUCCGCAGCGGGAAUAUAAGUCCGUACACGGCGUAUAUGCAGCGUUAGGUGUUAUUUCUCUGCGAAAUUCGCAGUCCGCCCGAAAUUCGUAAUAACUUCCCAUGGCUGUCAGGACCCUCCGAUAGAGCUCAGUAGAGACGACGAUCGUCUCCUCCACGUCAGCAGACACGUCGCUCGCUGCAGCCACCUCAUAUUCUGUACUCUGACUUCCAAAUUGCCGUGAGGACAUGUUCUGUUUUUGAGAAUUCUCAACCAGAAAGCUGACCUCCCAUGGCUGUCAGGCCACUCCAAUAGAGCUCAGUAGAGUCUGCGACCGUCCGGCGUGACGUGUACAGCUCCAGCGCAACUUGCGAUUACCGUGAACGGUAUCAAGCCGGGCCGGCGAUCCGCGAUCCGCCGUCUGGACCGACUCGCUUCACGACAGCUUCCUCCUUUUCGCGAUAGAUUUCGCAGCGAUGGACUUUGCCGUUUUAGGGACGUGCAUUCCACAGGUGGACCCCGCGCAUCGAGCCCUGGCGGCGCGGCUGAUGGGUACGACCUGCCCCACGUGCGACCGCCCCGCCGCCAUGUCGCAUCCCUGGCACCACCCGCCCCUCUUCGACCGCGCAAACCCUUCCGCUCUCCGCGAAUUCGGCCGCUGCCGCUUCGUCUGCACCGCCAGCGCCGUCCCCCCUGCCGACCCCUCCGCGCACGCCCCGCCCACGCGGAACUCCCCCGCCUCCGCCUCCGCCUCUGCCGCUGUUUCGUCCAGCACCGCUUCCGCCAGCGACCUCAUCGCGGAACGGGAGCGGCGGACGCGGGUUCGACACCUCGUUGCGGCGGAACCGGCGCUGGCGGCGCUGACCGAGCCGCUGCCCGCUGGCUGCCCCGCGCGCGGGUUUCUUCCGCAGACGGCGGUUCUAGGCGGGAGCAGUCGUAGCGAGGAACUUAACAUGGACUUAUUAAGUAGCGCGCCGCUCGAGGCGCUCGAGAUCGGGCCGCAGGCGUGUCAACGGCGCGUGGGUGACGUGUACGACGUCAUUCCGGUGCUCGCGCUGCCGGUUAAGGCUCCUAGCCGGGGGAGAAGAGGAGGGAAUAGUUUAAAUAACGCGGGGGAAGGGAAUAGGUCCGGAAGAAGGGGGACGCUAGCCGGGGGACUACUAAGGGAGAACUCUCUAACGGAGAAUUCGUCUGGGAACUACAGCGCGUGGGACGCCGAAUCGGUUGUUUCUGAUUCGGCGAGCGUAACAGGCGACGAUUCUGCUGCUGGCGGCGCGAAACAACACGUGGAGUGCUGGUGGCGAUUGGUGGUGGUCGCCGCUGACGAUCUGCUGGCGACGAACGACGAAUUGUUACUGCGGUGGUUCGCGAACACGGAUAACACGCGAAAGUUCGCCAUCUGGGCGAAGAAAGGUGCGAAGGAACCCCUUUCAAGGGCAACUUACCCCAUCAUUUCGGCCAGACCUAAAAAUAAAAGCACUCGAGAGAGUAAGGGCGCGUUCUGCGCUCGGGCAAGCCUCGAGGUGGAACUUCAGGGCAUCAGUUACACGGACCGGAUGACCCAAACUCUCAGCUUGGUCGAUCUCGCCCAUACAACUGAUGCCCGGAAGUUCUACCUCGAGGCUUGUCCCCAGUGCGGAUCGUACUCUAAAGAACCACCCCCCAACCCCCCUCCCCCCUUUCUCCAUUACUCCCCUAAGAUUGCUACCCUUGCCCUGGGCCCCUCCUCCUCCCCGCCUUUCCUCCCUGUCCCCCUUACAGCUCACCCCGGUAGCAAGCUGAAGCUGCACGGCAUGGCAAUUCGAACAAAGGAGAGGGAGGAGGCGAAGCGAGUAACAGCGGACGCACACCGCUCGUGGCAGCUACAGUAUUCGGAUGGUUACCCUAUCUGCCGCUGCUCCUCCCUGCCACACAAGCGGCAGCAGCAGCAGCAGCCGCAGCAGCUGCAGCAGAAGGAGACAGGCGAUACGGCUUCCAAACCUGCACGUUCGGCGAAGCCACAGUCGCUGAAUCUAGGUCUGGUGAAACCGAAAUCCGCAGGGCAAAAAUGUCGUCGUCCGAGCCUAGAUUUUGGUUCGGCACCAGGGGAAGCAGCAGGCUGGGCAGAGGAACAGCGGCAGGGGGAAGGGGAGAGUAAAGUGGAAAAGAGGAGCUUUCUUGGUGCUUUAAGAGGGAGCAGGAGAGUGAAAGAGGUAGACGGUCACACAGUAAGGGAUUCGGCUUUAAGCACGGAGAACGGAUGGCCGGAUUUCGACGGGGGAGCCGUGAAUGAUCUGCCUGGUAACCAGCUCAGUCACAGUGGUGGUAACGGUAACGACAACAGGAGUGGGGACGGUAGCCGUAGUGGGAGAACUGUUAAGGAUGCCGCUGCUGGUGGUCCCAAAGGCGGCAAGGUGAAGCAUCGAAAGAAAGUGUUCAAUCGAUCGACAUCAGAUUCUGCUGCGAUGAAAGACUUAAGAUGGGCUGGGAGGAGAGGAGGGAAAGCAGGAGAAGAGGGAGGGGAGGGGGGACUGUGGCCCCCAGGCAUCGAUGCGUCUCCUGCUGCUGCUUCUGCUGCUAGUGCUGCUGGUGCCGGUGCUGCUGGCGUUCCUUAUUCUCUUUCCACCUCUGUUCUCUCCCUUUCGACAACCCCCAUCUCGUCACCCUUCCGACACUCGCCGGCCCGUCCUGCUUCCACCACUCCCACCAGCAGCACCAACAGCAGCAGCAAAGGCGGCAGUUUAACUCACAACCAAUUUGAGAUUGGUAAUCAAUUACCUGAAGCACCCUCCCACCACAACAACCACCACAGCAACUACACCAACCACAGUAACCAGCACCAUCCGCACGACCAGCACCAGCAGCACCAGCAGCACCGCCUUUCAACCCCAGAGUCCUCCCCUCAUCGCUCCUUCCGCUCCCCUCUCCGCUUCCUCCUCUCCCCAGCCCACCUCUGCUCCUUGGGCGGUAACCCCUUCCCCCCCGGGAUCAGGGGUCAGUGCGAUAGUGAUAGUGGAGGGGAGGAGUGGGGGGAUGGUGAGGGGCUGGAGGGAGGAAGAGGAGGAAGAGGAGGAAGAGAAGAAACUGGAGGGUUGAGUGGGAAGGUGCACUCCUCAAUCGACAUCUCAGCGCCUAGGCUGCAAUCCACAACCGUGUCCUCCGCGCUGCUCAUCGGCCGCAGUAAAAGCUACAGCGAGCAAGCGGUUGCUACAGCGUGUAGCGAAGCCAGUGCUAUAGAGGGUUCGCAGGACGUGGACCAGAGACCUGCCACCAGCAGUGGCAACCAGAGGGGCGGCUGGGAACAUCACCAAGGGAACUCAGAAGCAGCAAGAGGAACAGCAGCAGAAGCUAAUGCACAAGUUAAUGCACAAGUUAAAGCACAAGCUAAUGCCCAAGUUCCUCUUGCUGAUGUUCCUCUUUCUGUUCCUCUAAGCCCACGAUUACCCCAAUCCCCUCUCCUUCCAGAAUCUUGCUCUACUGGCACUACCUAUUCCACUGGUAACACCUUCCACAGCGGUAACAGCAUGGCCUGUGGUAACCACAUGGCAGGUGGUAACAGCAUGGCCAGUGGUAACCACAUGGCAGGUGGUAACAGCAUGGCCAGUGGUAACCACAUGGCAGGUGGUAACAGCAUGACACGUGGCAACACAGAGGCCAGACAGAAGCCGCGCUCUGGCCCGUUGAAGCAGCACCGUCGCAUGGCGUCCGCUGCUGCUGUGGUGCUCCAUACUCGCUCCGCCUCCCAUGCUUCUAUCAGCACCUCCCUUGCUUCCACUAACCCAGCCAUGCCUGUAGCUUCCCCCCACGCUGCUAUCGGCUCUCUUUCCGCCUCUCAUCCUCCCACCACCCCCCGCCGCUCUUCCUUUGCUUCGCUUGAUGCAUGCCAAACUGCCAAUGGUGCGUUGACUGCUGUUUCUGCUGCAUCUGGUGAUGUUUCUGGUGCUGCUGGUGCUGCUGGUGCUGCUGGUGCUGCUGGUGCCGCCGCAGCAGGUGCUACUCCAUUAAAGCUGUUUGACAAUGCCCAGAAGCCUCAACUGCUGCUCUCUCACCCUGCAAAGCUGUUUGAGAAUCGUCAAGAGCCGCAUCUGCUGCUGUCUCAGCCUCUCAGGCACCGCCGCAAUCGCAGCAGCAACGCCCUGCCCGCUUCAUCACCUUCGAAUGCUGCUGCGUCUGCUGCUGCUGCUGGUGCCGGUGCUGCUAGUAACGAGGAAUCGCCGCGAGGGAGGGAGGAGUGGGAGGAGUGGCAAGAUUGGGGGGACCAUGCAGAUUCCCACGUGUCACUAGGUGGGGGGGAGCAGGGCGCGGGGGAGGAGGGGGAGGGAGGGCACCAGAGUAGGAGGCUUGGCAGCAACUUAAGGGGUAAUACAAGUAGUACUAGUAUGAGCAACAAGUUUGACUAUAACGGAAGUCAGGGCAGCACGGGUGUGACUGUAACGGGCGGGGGGAGUCCAGUCAAGGAGAUGAGGAGAGCAAGGAGUGCGGGGAGUUCAUCGGGGGGAGUGAGAGGUGCUGGUGGGAAAGAUGGAGGCGUGAAAGUGGGGGGCGUGAAAGGUGGAGGCAAAAGCUUCCAUGGCGGUAGCAGUGCUGGUUCUGCUCUUGCUUCUUCUGCUGCUGCUGCUGCUGCUGCUGCUGUUGCAUCUGUUGAUGCCGCCGCCGCCGCUGCUGCUGCUGCUUCUGCUAGUGAUUCUGGUGCUACUAGAGGCUCCGAUGCUGCUGCUGCUGCUGCUGCAUCUGUUGAUGCUGCUAACGCUGCUGCGAGAGACGCGUCUGGUUCUGGGAGAAGGGUAGUCAAGAAAGUGAAGGCAAAGAGGAGCAAGAGCACUGGGGCAGAGGAGCCAAUAUUGGUGAAGAUAGAGCAAGGGGGUCAGAUUGAGCAAGGAGAGAGAAGUCUCGCUGGGGAAGACUCGGCUCUGGAUCUGGUAGGGGAGUUUCCCCUCGUGGCUUCGGGCAGAAGCAAAAGCUCUGAGUACCGAGGAGCUGUGAGGAAAGGCGAGGGGUCGGGGCACGGGAGCCGCCGGGCAUCUGAAAUACUCCAGGCUGCCCGGCGGGCAGCAAAGCAUGCGAACAUGAUGAGGCUGGCAGAAAAAGAAGGGGCAGCAGAAACCACAGGCGGAGGAGCAGGAGCAGGAGCAGGAGGAGAAGGAGGAGGAACAGGAGGAACAGGAGGAGCAGGAGGAGAAGGAGGAGAAGGAGGAGAAGGAGGAGGAACAGGAGGAGCAGAAGGAGAAGGAGGAGAAGGAGGAGGAACAGGAGGAGCAGGAGGAGCAGGAGGAGCAGGAGGAGAGGAGAGGGCCAGUGAAACAGCAGCAGCAGCAGCAGCAGGGGAAGAGAGUACUUAUGAAGCGCCAGGAGGUGCGAGAACACAAGCAGCUGAACGUUAUUGGAUUCCUCUGAAAGUUGACCCAGAGGAAGAAGACGAGGGUGAGAAUCAAGUGUUUUUUAGAAUUCUCAAAAACACCCUGCAAAAGGAAGAAGACAAGGGUGAGAACACAGGCGGCACAACGUCAGCAGAUGCAGCAGCAAGAAACCCAGUGGGGCACUCACCCAAAGGGGGAGGCAAGGUCACUCGGAAGAAGGGAUUUGAGACGCCUCAAACCGCUUGUGGCGCGAAAACUCCACGGGGGAAGGGCAAGAGGGGAGUUUUGAACCGAGGAGGGGAUGCGAACGUCCCAGAUGCCCCGGUUGAAUCAACGGUGGUUACACCAGCAGUGGUUACAUCAACAGGGAGUAAAGCACCCUCUGGUAGGGCAACAGGGGGGAUUAUAGCGACCGCUGCUGACCCAACUGCCAUUUUUGCUGCAGCUCCAGAGAUCUCCCUCCUUGCCUCCCCGUCGGCCUCUCCCUCUGCCUCCUCCUCCUCUUCCUCCUCUUCUGCCGCCCCGUUCCAAAAGGCAAACACCGCUCCCUCCUCUCAAGUCUUGUUCGAACUCGACCGCCGUGCGGAAAAAGAUUCACUUGGAGUCUCAGCUGUUUCAGAGGAGCGGGGAGGGGUCUUCGAGAGAAGGUCCACUGAAGGAAGGAAACUGGAUGGUGUUAGGAGGGCAGAUGGGAUAGAGCAUAGGGGCGUGGCAGGGGAGGGGGUAGGCCAGAGGGCGAGAGGGAGAGGCAGUGGGGGUACUUCUCCUGCUGCUACUACUGCUGCUGCUGCUGCUCCCUGUGCUCCUGCUGCUGCUGCUGUUGCAGCGGCAACUGCCUCCCGCCGCUCCUCAUCCCCCAUACUAGCUGCAGCCAUGCGGGCAUCAGCCACCCUGGAGCUCCAGAAGCAGCAGCAGCAGCAGCAGAAGCAGAGCCUCAUGGCCGCUAGAAACCGCCGCUUCCCCUCCUCAUUCCAGGCUUCUCCACCCGCCUCCUCCUUCUUCUCUGUCCCCCUCUCCACCAACACCACUGCCAGUCUUAAAUCAUCCUCCUUUAGCUCCUCAAUCCCCUCGAUUCCCUCUCCCUCCUUGCUUUACUCUUCCUCCUUCACUCCCUCCUCCUCCACUCCUCAUGUAACCAUUUCCCAGUCAGCCUACAGCACUCCUGCCGGCUGCACGCCCGUGUCUCUCACUCCCGCGGGCUCCGGGAUUGGCCGGCUGUCGAGCGAUCUCGGCCCUUCGUUCGGGUCAUCGGAUCUCGCUGCUGCUGUGGCAGCUGCCGCUGCUGCUAGCGCUGGUAGUGGCCGGGUGCGCGCAAGGGCGAGGGGGGGACGAGGCAGUGGUCCCUCGCCGUUUGUGACCCGUGCUGCUGCGACCAUGCAGAGAAGUGCCGUGUGCCAACGACAAUACAAUGGCAGUGGUGGCGGUGCUGCUGCUGCUGCUGGAAAGGAAUGGAGCGAUGGGACUCGAAAUAGCGACUAUGGGUUGGCUGAUUUCAACAGCAAUGGCUUCGGUAAUAUGAGCGGCAGCAGCAACAACACUUACAGCAACGAUUGCAGCAGCGAUUACAGCAACAACAAUUACAGCAACUCUAACAGCAACCACCCUCAGCCGAGCACCGGCGACUACGAGACGACGGAUACCGGCCACACGGCAGCUGUCUUCCGGCGAAAAUCCGUCUUGAAGAAGCCUUCCAAUGUGCAAUCAGCUGCACCUGCUUCCAAUUCCUCAACCAUGCGUCUCUCUCCCCGCUCCCACACCACUCUCCUCUCUCCUCGCUCCCCCACUACUCUCCUCUCUCCCCACUCCCCCAACACUCCACAGUCCCCCACCCCGCUUCAACCCCGUACUCCUCCCCUUUCCCCUCCGUCCACUGCCCAUACCACGACCGUUGCCACUGGAAAAGGUGCAACCUCGUCUUCUUGUCAGCCUGGCAAGAGCGGCACGACGACCCGUAACACCACAUGCGGAAAAAAGGAGGAUGGCGGUGCGAGUAACAAGCAGUGUGUCAUGGGUGGUGAGACGAGGCGUACAAAGGAUGGAUCUCGCAUGGGGGAGACUAGCUGGGCAAGUAGUAGCGGCUCUGGCACUGGUCCUCACAGCCCUCAUGUACCUCCACUUAUUCCUAUUGCCAAGCGUGUUACACGGGUAACUCGAGCUGUAAUUGCGCCUCAGGGUGUAUAACGUACUCCUACGUACCUGGAUUUGAUGAAACUUGGUAUUUACGAAAAUUAAUCAUUGUCGCAACA